CUUGAACGCUUGGUUUCAACUUUCGAGACUAUUGACUCUGUUCAUUUUCCUGACAGCCUAGCAUUCCUCCUUUCCUUCUUACCUGCGCAAUACCCAGGCUCUCCUCCGCUGUUAUACAAUAUUGCUGUGACUUGAGAGGAGGGAAUUAGAUCCAUUUGAAGUGAACCAACUUCUUAACUGGUUAUAACUGACAAGUUAAGUUAUAAUUGGGUUGGGUUAGUAACAACACCAUCGCGAGUCUACCUAGAGUGAUGCUAUAGAUCUCACGAGAGCAUGGUCUGACUUCACCUGUUGCAUCCAUAUAACUAGCCAUCCACAACGAACGUCGAUAACGCUCCUCGAAAAACUUACAGAUGACAACGACAGACAUCAUAUUCCUGGACAUCCCAGCUGUCCUCCCAGUGCCUUUCUCACCAAACACAUGGAAAGUCAGACUCGCACUGAACUACAAGAAGCUCACCUAUGUCACAAGAUGGGUCGAGACGACUGACAUCGCAUCUGUGUGCACAUCGCUCGGAAUACCGCCUACAAGCACAUUACCAGAUGGAACACCGAAAUACACACUUCCCGCGUUGAUAGAUAACACCACAUCCCCCCCUGCCCUUCUCUCAGACUCAACGCCCAUAAUUGAGUACUUAGAGCGCACAUACCGAGACCCCGAUUCCUCCCGCGCACUCUGUGUACCUGCCAGCCGCGCCCUCCACGCUCUCUUCGAAUACCACGUCGCGCACUCCAUAACAGCACAACUACUACCCGUCAUGGUCAUGCACAUGCACGACAAGAAGACCCCACGAGAUCGCGUCCACUUCCGUAAACGCACCGAAGCGGCAUUUGGGAAGAAACUCGAGGAUAUAGAACUUAGGGGAAAGGAGCGCGAGGAACAAUGGAAGAAGAUCGAAGGCGCGUUUGACCUCCUUGCAAGGUUGAUGAAGGCUGGGGGUACUACAGGAGAGUUAUUCACGGGAUCGAAUCUAUCUCUGGCGGAUUGUAUACUAGGAGGUCUUUUGUUAGCUUUCCGCUACAUAAGCCCGGACGAAGCCUGGAUUAAGGUUUCGGCUUGGAACGAUGGGAAAUGGAUGCGUUGCAUGGCCGUCUUGGAGGAAUGGACGGCUGUAGUAUAAAUAGCUUAGCAAGCCUUUCUCAUAAGGCCCCCUUUCCAUUAUAGGUUUGCAACAGACUGUACGAGCUCGAAUAGGAAGAAUGAAAGUCGUGAGAGAUAGGAGUUGCC